UUUCCGUCCACGAAAAACGUAAAACCGCUCGUCUACAAUCCGGCAGAUUUAUCGCCCCGAUCUCGAUGAAAUAUUCAUCACGUCGCGGACAGACUCGCGAAAAGACGGGAUCCUCGAAUGUCCAGCGGGAGCGCAUCGUUCACUGAUACGACGGUACACGGCAAGCUGGAACCACCGAGAUCACUGCACGGUGUCGAGGAUGCCGAGGUCAUUUGGGACACGAUCACGCGGCGAUUUCCAAAUGCGGCACCGCUUCUCUGCGAGAUGGAAACAGUGAUCGAACGAGCGGAAGAUCUGCUGCAGCAGCUCAAAACGCCUUGCACUCAGGGAAAUGACACGUCCAGCUCGUUUCACACACCGGAUUCUCGGGAAUCUAACGCGACGAUUUCGAUGGUAUCCGACAUAGAAUCGUUUGCCGAAGAAACGAAUAUUUCAGAACAUCGCGAAAUCACCGAGAACGUUGAAACACAACUGAAGGUGCACGAUAUUCACGAAAAGCAAACGGAUUUAGAGUUUCGACGUUGUAAUGAGCAAUCUAUUCAGUACGAAAAGAAACCUCAGGAAUAUCAUUUGAAUUCACCUUUAAGAAUCGACGACAUUGUUCAACAUUUUGAAACAAGCUCGAUGAAUAAAUGUCACAAUUCCCAAGAGGAAUCAAAUACUGACAUAAAGGAUAAUGUUGACGAAGCAAUCGAUGUGAAUUCAGAAGAACGAUUGAUGAAAGCAGUGGGUGAAGCAAAUAGCUUGGAAGGAUGGACAAACAUAACUGAUAAUGCAUUGUAUGAUAACGAUUCGGAAAUGAGACCAAGCGUCGACAAAAAUAUAGAUGAUCAAUCAUUGAAAGUCAACAAUGAUGAUGACACUUGUGAUAAAAAUGAUGAAAAAGUCAGUGUUGCAAGAUGUUCUGCAAAUCAUCGCUCACCGUUUACUAUCCUUGAAGAAUAUGCGAAGCAGUGUAAAGUGCCAAUCAAAUACAACUGCAAUAAAUCAAAACCGAAUUUGUAUGUGAUAAAUGGUGACCUGUGUGGAUUUCGCGCAAUGUCAUGUGCCGCGACCGAAGAUCUGGCCAAAAACGAAUGUGCGGCAAAAAUAUUGUGGAUGAUAGCCGUGCGUCAGAUGGAUGGCUCGAAAUCUGUCAGCGGGUUAUUAGAUUUCUCGAGGGAUGAGAUGUUAGAAAUAGUUGCACUUGAAGGCGAGUUGAAGAACGCGUCACAAAAACUCUACAAACUUUGUCUCGAAAAAGGAGAAUCUAUUCCGGAGUAUACUACUGACAAUUUGAUGACACAUCAAGGGAUUAUGCACACAGCUCAUUGCGCAGCUUUAGGUCAUGUCGGUGUCGGACAAAAAUCGAGGAUAGAUAGCGCUAAAAUUGCUGCUGCUGAAAAUUUAUAUCAGAAAUAUUUUUGUAAGGAGCAACGUGAUCUGGCCGUAUCGACCUUCUAUUUCAUUGCUUGGAGGCUUGGAGGCGGGAGCCAUUAUUUAAGGAAGAAAAAAAAGAAGAAGAAGAAGAGCUUUGCUUGUGUGUGCUACCAGUUGCGCCAGGCCGCCGACAGUUGGCCGCUACCGUCGAGUGCUGCAAGCGGGUUGAAAAUCGCAUCACUGCCGCAUCGUCGAAGACUAAUGUCAGGCAUAGCAAUAGCCAGGCUCGCCGAGGAGCGCAAAGCGUGGAGGAAGGACCAUCCGUUUGGCUUCGUAGCUAGACCAACUAAAAAUCCAGAUGGUUCCCUGAACUUGAUGAGUUGGGAAUGUGCGAUACCUGGAAAGAAAUCUACUCCUUGGGAAGGUGGCCUAUACAAGUUACGUAUGAUUUUCAAAGACGACUAUCCUUCCAGCCCUCCAAAAUGUAAAUUUGAACCUCCUCUAUUCCAUCCAAACGUUUAUCCAUCUGGUACUGUCUGUUUGUCGCUUUUGGAUGAAGAGAAAGACUGGCGACCAGCUAUCACAAUCAAGCAAAUCCUCCUUGGUAUUCAAGAUUUAUUGAACGAGCCAAAUGUGAAAGAUCCAGCUCAAGCCGAAGCUUAUACAAUAUAUUGCCAAAACCGUUUGGAAUAUGAGAAACGUGUUAAAGCUCAAGCCAGAGCAAUGGCUCCACAAGAAUAAGUUACAAGAAUCGUCAAAUUGACUUAUUUAAAAUAUGUGAGAAAGAUAUUGUAUGUGGAUAAUACAUUAUAAACUAAUUCAUACCUCUUUAUAUAAUUAAUCUUUUUUUACGAAUAAUUAAUAUAUGUUAUAACUAAUUAAGUAGUCCAUGAUCUUAACAUUUAUUUAU